AUGGACCCUGAAUCCUCUAAGCUUUAUCGACCUACGGGCUUGAGUUCAUCGUGCAAUGAGAGUGCCUAUAGACGGCUGGCCGCCCGAGGUUAUACGCCCAAGACCCUGGUCAAGGCUACCCGCAAAGUCGCCGUCACACCAAUCGCUCUAAACCUCUGCGUCCCGACCUUCCGGUCCCAUCCAAUGAUCCAGGGUCCCAUGAAAAUUUCUCUGCCACGCAGUGCCUCCGAAAGCAUCAUUAAAAUCGACCUGGGAGUUGAUCGUGAACAAACCUCCGGACUGAUGUUCAAGCGACUCUUCAAGACCCAAACAGUGCAGAUCGCAAACUGCAUUUCACCCUGGCCUAUCCUAUUCUGUUCCUCUCCCGAGUAUGGUGCGGACCGCCAGUGUGGCAGUGCAUGCAAGACUGAGCACCAAGUGGAGCGCACUAGAACCCGGCGGGUCAACUUCCAAUAUCUCACGAAUGGUGUUUGCUUCUACGUUGGUAUGGCAAAAAAUCAAUCAACAGUUUAA